AUGACGUUUGAAGAAAAGCACGCCGGCAAUGGGAGCCAGGUAGGAAAGAGUGAGCCGUACCUAGGGGAGAAGCAUCAGGCAAAUGGGAAACCUAUAGCGAAUGGGAAAACCCAGGUCUCCGGAAAGCAGGAGGCACAUGGGAAGUGUGACGUGCCCAGGAAAAGCCUCAACGUGUAUAGCUGGCAAGAGGUCCAGAGACACAAUCAGGAGGCCGACCUAUGGCUGGUGAUCAAUCGCAAGGUCUACAAUGUUACUGGCUGGGUCGACAGGCAUCCAGGUGGGCGCCGGGUCCUCAGCCACUACGCGGGAGAAGACGCCACGGAUGUCUUCAGAGCCAUGCACCUGGAGCUUGACACUGUUCAACUGUACCUUAAGCCACUGCUCAUCGGAGAGCUUGCCCCGGAAGAGCCCAGCCAGGAGAGAAACAAAAACUCCCAGUUGGUGGAAGAUUUCCAGGAAUUGCGGAGGACAUUAGAGACUAUGAACAUGUUCAACGCCAACUUGGUGUUCUUUUCUCUUCAUUUCAUCCAGAUUUUGAUUUUGGAAGCCCUGGCUUGGCUAAUGCUGUGGUAUUUUGGCAAUGGUUGGCCAAUUACAAUAUGCAUUUCCUUUCUUCUCACAAUUUCUCAGGCUCAGAGUUCAUUUUUACAGCAUGACAUAGGACAUCUUUCCAUAUUUAAGAAGUCCAAGUGGAACCACCUGAUGCACAAAUUUGUGAUGUGUCAUCUCAAGGGCCUGUCAACAAAGUGGUGGAAUCACCGACACUUCCAACAUCAUAUAAAACCAAACAUUUACCCGAAAGACCCAGAUAUUGAUGUGGGCCCACUUUUCCUGAUUGGGGAUUUGCAACCUGUCAAGUAUGGCAAGAAGAAAAUCAAAUACAUCGACUAUGAAAAGCAGCACCUGUACUUCUACCUGGUCGGGCUUCCCCUCCUCAUGCCUGUAUAUUUCAACCUACAAUCCAUGCAAGUGAUGUACCUCCAAAGGUAUUGGGGGGAUAUUGCCUGGGUCAGCAGUUUUUACAUCCGCUAUUUCAUCACAUUUGGUCCUUUCUAUGGAAUCUUCGGAACAGUGUUGCUCAUAUAUUUUGUCAAGUUUCUUGAAAGUCCUUGGAUUGCAUGUGUUACACAGAUGAGCCACAUACCAAUGAAAAUGAGCGAAGAGGAGAACCGAGACUGGUUCACUACUCAGGUCUUGGUCACCUGUAAUGUUGAACAGUCCUUUUUCAAUGACUGGUUCACUGGACACCUGAACUUCCAAAUCGAGCACCAUCUGUUCCCCACUAUGCCGCGCCAUAAUUAUCACAAGGUGGCACCCCUGGUGAAGUCACUGUGUGCCAAGUAUGGAUUGCAGUAUGUGAAUAAGCCCUUGUUGAAGGCAUUUGGAGAUAUUGUCAGGACCUUGAAGAAAUCUGCAGCCCUCUGGAUGGAUGCUUACUAUGAAACAUGACGCAGAACGUCAGUCUCGACAUGCAUGUAAAUCCAUCUCUGUAGGGGGCUGGUGAAUGUGUAAGAGCUCUACCUGUCAGUACCACUAGCAUACCUGAGGGUGCCAGGAUGGUGAAUUCCAAGGACAUAUAUUAACCCCUUCCCUGAAGAUUUCCUCUGCAAAUAAGAAGCACAGGAAACACAUGAUGGCUCUGGCCGGGUGGCAAAAGGAAAUGGGAGCCCAAUGUUUUUGUUUUUUCAAUAGGAUCUUGAACUUAGUCCAACCAAUAGACCUUAGUCAAUUCAUCUCAGUCUCUGGGGCAUAAACAGGAGCCAUGGGAAAGGUUUACUGAUGAAAUGGACAUAGAAAGAAAUAGGCCAUGUAGAGACCUCCAAUGGGGCACUUUUCAAAAAACAGUGCAAUUGAUCUUAGAAGAGAAUCAUGUACUUAGAAAUUCCUGUUGAAGCACUGAUUUUUUUGCUUAUU